CCGCGGCCAGGGUGGGCGGAGUCAAGGGCUGAGCUUCGCAUUUCGCUUUGCUCGGUUGGGCGGAACGUUUCCUGAUUGUCUCUCCCCCCCCUCGGCCCGGCGUUGGUCUCGCUCUCUCAGGAGUCCUGGGGCGGGAGGUGCAUACGCCCCCCCCCGUGGGAGACCCGACAGAAUGUUGCGAUUCCGUCUCCUCCCUGCUAUGGCGGCCUUGGCUGUCACUUCCAGGCGCCAUUUUGGUACCGCUCGUUAUCCCCAAAGCCGGCGCAGGCUUAUGAUGGUAGCCUUUGCAGGAACAACAGCUCUAACCACAAGCACCGGGCUUCUUUGGAGAAGAGCCCAGGCGGAAGCAUCGCCUUCUGUGAAUCACGACGUGCACGCGGCAGAUGAGAAAAUGAAAAACAGAGAAGUAGCGAAUGAAGGGAGCGAUGAAGAGAAAGCUCUGGAGUCCAAUAACGUUUCUCAGGCAGAAGGAAAGAAGAAAAAACAGCGUUCUGGAUUUCGAGACCGUAAGGUGAUGGAAUAUGAAAACAGGAUCCGAGCUUACUCUACUCCAGAUAAAAUCUUUCGAUACUUUGCCACAUUGAAAGUCAUCAAUGAGCAUGGAGAUUCAGAAGUAUUUAUGACCCCACAAGAUUUUGUGCGAUCUAUAACACCAAAUGAAAAGCAACCAGAAAAUUUAGGUCUUGAUCAAUUUGUGGUGAAACGCUAUGAUGGAAAGGGCACAAAGAAAAAAAAUCUACUGAGAACUCUGCGUGGCAUCAGAAAGGGCAUCCGGCCAGUAAAAGCUCAGCUCCAUCCAGUCGCCCUGAGUCUACCCCGAAUUAAGAGAUUACACAGGGUCGUAAAAAGGGAGUUGAGAAUUUCCCAGGAACGUGAGAAGUUUGCAGAUGAAGACAGCAUCUUUUAUGCCCUUGGAGAAUGUGGCUUGAUUUCCUUUUCUGAUUAUAUCUUCCUCACAACAGUCCUGUCAACUCCUCAGAGAAACUUCGAAAUUGCUUUCAAGAUGUUUGAUCUAAAUGGCGAUGGAGAAGUGGAUAUGGAAGAAUUUGAACAGGUUCAGAGCAUCAUUCGUUCCCAGACUAGCAUGGGGAUGCGUCACAGGGACCGUUCAACUACUGGGAACACGUUGAAGACCGGCUUCAAUUCUGCAUUGACGACAUACUUUUUUGGAGCUGAUUUGAAGGGGAAACUGACCAUCUCCCACUUCUUGGAGUUCCAGCGGAAGCUUCAGCACGACAUUCUCAAACUCGAGUUUGAAAGGCAUGACCCUGUAAAUGGUCGGAUCACAGAACGCCAAUUUGGCAGCAUGCUGCUGGCUUAUAGUGGAGUACAAUCCAAAAAAUUGACUGUGAUGCUGAAGCAACUCAAGAAGCAUUUCCAGGAUGGAGUGGGACUCACAUUUGAGGAAGUAGAAAACUUCUUUACAUUCCUGAAAAACAUAAAUGACGUUGAUACAGCUUUAAGUUUCUACCACAUGGCUGGAGCAUCUCUUGAUAAAGAUACGAUGCAACAAGUAGCCAAGACAGUGGCAAAGGUGGAACUAUCAGACCACGUCUGUGAUGUUGUGUUUGCUCUUUUUGACUGUGAUGGAAAUGGAGAGCUGAGCAAUAAGGAAUUUGUUGCCAUUAUGAAGCAGAGGCUUAUGAGGGGGCUGGAGAAACCCAAAGACAUGGGCUUCACGCGGCUCAUGAGGGCUAUGUGGAAGUGUGCUCAAGAGACCGCCUGGGAUUUUGCCAUGCCCAAGCAAUAACCACCAGAAGACAAGAAAGCCUGGCUGCAUCACUGACCUGACAAGAAUCCUGAGUUCUCCUGCCUUCCUCUGCCAUCAUGGUAGAUGCUCCACGAUGGAAGGUCUUCUUCAGUGGAGUGACUGUCCUUCAUUACAGCACUAAAAGACAAACCUUGGGAGGCAAAGACUGUUGAGCUACACGGCUGACUUCAAAAAUAUCUAAGCAGAAAUUUAAGUCCACUCUGACAUUUAUCUUGACAGUUGGUUUGCUUACUGACCUGCAAACCUUUUUCUGUUUUUCAUUAAGUUUCCCCCCCGUUUUUUUUGUCUGGAAAACCAAACAAAAUCUUUUUGUUACUUGGGUUUGAAUGUUCCAUCUCUAGUAUCUCUAGUAGAAAAUGGCUGAGCAAGGAUGGUUCUGUGGAUAUUAGAUGAGUAGCAGACUGAGUAGAAGGAAUUUGUUGUAUCAAAACAAAAAACCUUAGACCUAGUCAGCAUUUCCUCUUAUCCAGUACCCCAAAAUUGAGCUGAAACAUUUCAAUGAUAAGGUGGGGAGGGGGAGAGCCCAAUAAAUGAAUCCCGACAUUCAGAAAUCCUUGCAAAAUGUCCAAAUACAGACUCUUUUCUCAGUUGUCUGUGAGUUUCAAAGCGGAAGGCAGGUGGGGUGUUAAUAUGAAGGAAUUUUUGCAACAGGGCUCAUUCUGCAAAAAUCUGGCUUUGCACUGUAUUAUGGAUAAAACUGAAGAAUAUUGAAGAAGAGAAUGCUUCUUAAUUGGUCUUUGUUGUUGUUUUUAAAAACCCACAAGUUAAACAUAACAUUCUUCCCAUUUCUCAUUCCAUAAGACCCUUAACCUUAGACGUUGACUCUUACCCAUGCAUGCAUUUCUGUCUGUAAUUUUUCCCUAGCCUGUGAUCUUACUAUGAUUUGUUCUUAAAGCUGCUUUUUACAGA